AUGUGCGAAGGCAGUGCCCUGACCCAGGAUCUAGCAAACCAGGAUGGAUCCAUUUUCUCGGGGCCUGCCGGGUCUAACAGGCCGUGGCCUCCCCAGCCAUCAUUUUCAUCACCGUUUUCAUCGUCUUUGCCGUAUCACCAACAGUCGUCAGGUCAUUUCGCUCGUCGACGACGUGACCUGUCAACCCCUCAUCCCACAAGGCCGUCGCCAAGAUCCCAUCCCCCAACACCACCAUCCUUAACGCCGCCGUCCUUGCCUAGUGUUCCCGUUCUCCCAGACCGACAACCUCUUGAUCCCACGCGAAAGAUCACACCGCCAGAAGAGAAGGAGAUGCACGCCCGAGAUAAGCAACAGCCUGCGGCGUCUGCAAGCAAAUUCAAGUCGCCAUACGAUGAAGCCUAUGCAUAUUAUCAUGAGUGCAAGGCCUGGGCACAUCCACGCGUUGCUACAGCACCUUUUGAGCGUCGCCGCCCUCUGGAAGACUAUGAGAAACAACUUGCUAUCAAAAUGUCGGUCGGAGAUUGGAACAAGUUGCGCCGUGACCUCGACCUCGACUCCAAAGACGAAUCAUAUCCUCGCUUUUCGUUUGAUGCAUCGACAUCGACUUUGAUUAUCCAAUGCAUGCCUAGUCCUAUCCACCAGUCUAUUUCCUCUAUAUUAAUCGAGGAGAUUAUGAUAUCCAAAGCAGCUGUUCCAGUUAAUCUCCGACGACAAACACAAGCUUUAUUUGACGAGGAUUUUAAGUCUUUUGGAGGUCAAUGGUCCGGUUCCGAUAAACGACCCGACCUUGGGAUUGGGGUACGCAACGCAAAUAAUGAGAUGGAGCUUAAAUGGGUCCUCGAAGUCGGGUUUUCGGAAACAUACAAACAGCUGAAGAAUGAUAUACGGCUCUGGUUGGAGGGCAGUUCUGAAGUUUCCAUGGUUACGAUCGUGAAGUUUUGCGAAACUCCAUCGUAUCGCUGUCCGUUCCCGAGAGAUCCGAUCUAUGGCGAUGAUGAGGAAGAGCUGGAUACACUACAGGCACUAGGGAUUCCUUCGGAUGUGAGAGAAAUUCUUAAAAAAGAUGUGGUCUUUGAAGGGGAAUACGGACCUGCAACCUAUAAGAGAUUGACAUGGGUAGGAAAGAUCUCUGAAGUCUGGAUGGAGACUUGGGUUCGGGGUGCGGAUGGAAAGGCAGUGCAACGUGGCAUUGCUGAAGACCUUAUGCAGGCUGAUCAAGUCCAACUGGAUUUUGGAGACCUCUUGCCUCAUGGGUACCCGCAGACGAUCACGAUUGACUUGGAACAGUUCCGUUCGAUCUUAAAAGACAGCAUAUGUAAGAUGGCUGUGAAUCGAUGCAUGGAUGCUAUUAAAGACUACAAAGAGCGUCAUGGCGAGGGACGAGGCGACGGAGACUAUCAUGGGUGA